UACAAAGAAGUAACGCCUUUAAUGCCGCUCGUUGGUUUAUCUCAGUAGUGUUUAAUGAAGAAAAGCUUGGUUUGGCUAUGUCGUAAUGUAGCUACUGUAGCACUAUGCUUUAACUGCAGUAUAAAAUAUCAACAGCUGCUAUUAGCUUGUUAAGCUAGUUAAUGCCACCUCCGUGACAGUCUGGUCAACCCUGAGACGUCCCCGUAAACUCUUACCAAAGCACAGGAAGUGUGCAGACGAUGGAGGAGAACGAGGAUCAGUCAGAUCUCAGUCUGCGACCGGGGAACCUCGACGGAGACAGUUUCAGGCUGCAUGUUGUGACCUGGAAUGUGGCCACAGUUGAUCCUCCAGAGGACGUGACCUCACUUCUGCAUCUGAACUCCCCAAAGAGUCCCGACCUUUAUGUCAUUGGUCUGCAGGAGGUGCAUUCAAGACCUUUGAGAUUUGUUUCGGACUUUGUAUUCGAUGACCCGUGGAGUCAUCUAUUUAUGUCUGUCUUAGCACCAAGGAAAUUUGUUAAGGUGUCGUCCAUCAGAAUGCAGGGUCUGCUGCUGCUUUUCUUCUCCAAACUGCAGCACGUCCCCUUCAUCAGAGACAUUAAAGCUACAUAUACACGCACUGGAAUUUAUGGUUACUGGGGCAACAAAGGCGGCGUGUCUAUCCGGUUGUCUUUCUAUGGCCACAUGCUCUGUUUUCUCAAUUGCCACUUAGCUGCUCAUAUGAGAGAAGCCUCUGAGAGAGUCGAUGAGUUUGAGCACAUCAUGGACACACAGACAUUUGAAUGUAAAAAGGCUCCUAGAAUUGUUGACCACAGAUUGAUCUUUUGGUUUGGAGAUCUAAACUUCAGAAUUCAGGACCAUGGCAUGCACUUUGUUCGCUCCUGCAUCAAUAAUCAAACCUACAACCUCCUGUGGAGCAAAGACCAGCUGAUGAUGAUGAAGAAGAAAGACCAGAUGCUUCAGGAGUUUGAGGAGGGACCUCUGGACUUCCAGCCCACAUACAAGUUUGACUUAAACUCUGAUACUUAUGACAGCAGGCUCUACAGGACAUGGUUGGGCUUUAAUAAAAAGAAGCGUAAACCUGCAUGGACGGACAGAAUUCUCUGGCGCCUCAGACCCAAAACCUCAACUUCUCAUGAGGAUGAUAAAGAAAAACCUGUGGAUAAGAAGCUCAUCAGGCAGCUGGACGAGGAUGAGGAGUAUCCUCUGAAGAUCACACAGGAUCUGUACACAAGUAACAUGGAGUACAGAAUCAGUGACCACAAGCCUGUCAUUGGCCUCUUCACACUGAAGCUGAGGAAGAUGUACGAGACUCCUCUGGUGCGUCUGCAGGCGGAGGGUGAGUGGAGCGCAGAUAUUGAUGCCAUCGUUGUCUACAGCCCCCUGCAUCCUUUCCCCUCCAGUACCUGGGACUGGAUUGGACUCUAUAAGGUUGGAUUCACCUGUGUGUCAGACUACAUCACGUACACAUGGGUCAAAGAUGAUGAAGUAGCCUUCAAUGAAGAAAUCAUACAGGUAUUUGUCAGUAAGGAGGACAUUCCAGUGCGAGGAGGAGAGUGUGUGCUUUGCUACUACAGCAGUACUCUACGAUGCAUCAUUGGAGUCAGCGAACCAUUCAAGGUCCACGAGUCCAAGGUAGCCAUUGAAGAAGGCCUGCUGCCAGAGAGGAUCAAUGGACUUGACAAAACUGUAGCAAGCAAAGACUGAAAAUAAUCUGCCAGAUGUCAAAGAUGUGAGUUGCUGUAGGGCAUGUUUCUUGAGCCGACACAGAAGGAGCAGAUUAGGAAAUGUUACCUGUUCAUGCUUUUGCACGUGAACACUUAUGUCUUUGAUGCUUCUGCUGUAGUUCUUUAUGGUCAGUAUGCUUAUUAGAAUGUAUUUAUCUAAUUAUAGUAGAGUGGAACCUCAAAUUUAAAUAUGCUUUACCUUAAACCAACUUAAUCUUGUGAGCUACAUGUUUUUUUCUGAAUCCCAUAGUACUGUAUGUGUUAUUGACUUAGAUGAGUUUGAUUGAAUGCCAUGUGAUUUUUUGAAACAAAUCAGACCAAAGGUUUUUCAACUGUAAGGUGGACGUCCCCAGAGAGAGAUACACAUGAGGUACAGAGUCAGUGGGAGGGGAGAAGCAUGCAGGGGCUAUGGAACCACAGGAAGUGUCUUAGUAUAGUUUGGCCUGCAUUUAAUAGAGCUGCAGCAGAGUUUUUCACACCUCUUAACUCCAGUACUUGAUAAUAGACUUGCGUCUAGCUAGUGUCAAUGUUUGUCAAGUGCUGUCAAAGUCUGCAGCGAACUGCUUUAAUAAGAAAAAUGACAUUCGAGAAAAAGAAAGCUUACUGGUCUUUGCUCACACUGGUUGUGAUACUGUAUGUCCAAGAAUGCUACUGAUUAUUGUUUCUGUCCUGUAUGUUACCUGUCACUGUCAACCCUGCUAGUCUGUGAGCCCAUUCAAUUUAUUAUAUUUCACUUACAACUCUAAUGCGCACAACCCUUUUAAUACCAUGAGCCAAAAGCUUCAGAGAAAACAAAAAAUUAAAGUCCUGUAUGAGCUUUAUUACUAGAUAUUGACGGAAUAAAAAUUCUGUAAAUCAAAAAUUAGGAUGAAAUUAAAUUUAAUUGGAUUAUUCAUUUAAAAGCAAAUGAUUAUACUUUCUAAUUCAAUCUGUGCUGUCACAGAUGCAUUGCUGUAGUAGCUGGAUCUAUUUAUGGUUUUAAUGUUUGUAUGUUUUUUAAAACAUUUCUAGACUUUCUUCCUGCAGUAUUUUCUUUAACUUCAGUUUUUCCUGGAGGACUUGAACUCUGAUGCUCAUUUACGACUUGUUGCCUCAUUAACCCACCUGCACAUUUCAGUAUUAAUCAUUCCCUUUUGAUACAGAUUGUGGUGUUGCAGUAAAAUUGAAAACUUUUUCAAUGCAUAAUAUUUAUAGGCUUCAUUUUAUCGUCUGCACUGUGAAAGCAAAGAAAUAGGAUUGAAUAUUUUUGUUUAAAAAUGUGGACUCAGCAAGUGCCUUUGAUUGACUGUCACGUUUCAUUGUUGAAACAGAUGCUGCUUAAUUUUGACACAGUGUAUUAUAAUAUUCUUAAUAUUUAUCAUGUAAUUUUGUGGCUUUCACGACCUGAGAUCUGAAUUUUUACAUAUCACUGUUCUGACCUCUUGUAUUGAGUGUUUUCUUGUUUUUGACUAGGUGGAAUCUGUUAUUAGCCAUUCAUGUUAGUUAGUUUUAAAUGAUGUGGACUUCUUUUCUCAGCAAUGACAAGUUGUGAUACUAUAUCAACAAAUUUAUAGCUUUGCAAAUGCAAAUAUAACAAGUGUCAACUCA